AUGUCACCAGACAGAGGAAUCGAAAGAGAGAUGUUGGAGCCCAACGUCCUCACUCCAACUUUGGAGUCGCUCAAUCUUGCUGACAAAAGUGAUGACAGUAAUCAGACGAGUGAACUAGUCUCUGAAGAGUCUAUUUCUAUUCCUGCUCAUCUUUCGCAUGACCCUUCAACGAAUGCAAAAACAUCAGAGCCCUUUCAGUUUGGACAGAGACAUCUUUCCGAGUCGGACGAUGUCUUUUCAUUCAACGCCUGGGAUCAUGUAGUGCCAGAUGAAUCUCACUACGAAUAUUGUGAAAGUCAAUACGCGUCACAGCGUGCGACUCCAGUUUCCGACUUCGAUCGCAAUCGGUUCAACGAGCAGCCAGAGAAGUGGUGGAAUUUAUUUUACAAGGAAAAGACCAGCACGUUUUUUAAGGACAGGAAAUGGCUGAUGCAGGAAUUUCCAGUGCUCAAGGAAGUCACCCAGGCACAUGCUGGUGAGAAAGUCGUUCUUGAGGUUGGAGCAGGGGCAGGGAAUACUGCCUUUCCACUUCUACGGCUGAACGAGAACCCGAACUUGAGACUCCAUGCAGUAGAUUUCAGCAAGAAGGCGGUUGAGACAAUGACCGCCGCCGAAGAAUAUUCAACAUGUGACGGUAUUAUGUCAGCGAAUGUCUGGGAUGUCGCUGGCGAAGAGUUACCGAUCGGCGUGGAAGAAGGAUCGGUUGACAUCGUCAUCAUGAUCUUCAUCUUUUCAGCUCUCAAUCCCAAGCAAUGGGAACAAGCUGUCUGCAAUAUCCAUCGAGUACUGAAGCCUGGAGGACAAGUACUGUUCAGAGACUAUGGUCGGGGCGAUCUCGCACAAGUCAGGUUCAAGGCGAAAAGGUGGAUGAGCGAGAACUUCUAUGUACGGGGUGACGGGACCAGAGUCUACUUCUUUGAAUUGGACGAAUUGGAGAGAAUCUGGGACGUGAGAUUCGAGAUCAGCAAUCUAGAUGUGGACCGAAGGUUGAUUGUGAACCGCCAGCGACGAAUCAAAAUGUAUCGAUGCUGGAUUCAAGGACGGUUUUGCAAGAAGGAGUUGAGCACCGCAUGA